AACAUCUUCGCCGGAAACAAAGUUGACUACACCGGACUUGCUCAGAACAACCAACAAGGACAAUCUAACACCCAAGUUGGAGGUGCCCAGACUAACGUAGGAUCUAAUGCUAAUGCUAUCAAUAUCGGACAAACCAACCAAAAUGGAGGACAUGGAUCAGGAUCCGGUUACCCAGCCCCACAAUACGACUCUAAGUAUACUCCAAGCUACCCACAACAACCAAGCUAUCCAAGCUACGGAAGUGGAGCUGGAUAUAUUCCACAAAAUAUCUUCGCAGGAAACAAGGUUGAUUAUACUGGAUUAGCUCAAGGAAACAACCAAGGACAAUCCAGCGUUCAACAAGG